GGCCAGCUUCAGACGGCUUUCCGACAUGAGUUUUAGUGGUUUGUGGAAUGUUUGGUUAACUAGAAGUGGACGGGCUGGCAGUGAAAGUAACCGUAUACUGGUUUAAGGCUUCUUAAUAACUUCCUGAACGCUUAUUUGACCAUUGACCUACUACGAAAAGGCCGAAUAGGACCUACGAAAAACGCUGUACGGUAAAUUUAAAGUCACGUCGGAACAAAAAGAAAGCGAGUCGAGCAGUGGAUCCGGUGGCAUUCAGGUUAUCAUUCAACUAUUCGAAACGGUUGUUUUUCCAGUAAGCUAGUUGCUUUUCAGUAAAAGCUAUAUGCUUCCAUCCUCGUCGUACUGGAAAAUAACGUCAAAUGUGUCCUCCAAAAAUGUCAUGAAUUCCAUGUGAUGGUGUGAGGAUGGGACAGGGUGGUGUUGGAAGUGACUGCAGCCCUGGAGGCUGAUGAACCCGCUCCAUUGGCCAGUCAGGAUGCACAUAGCUUCCGUGGGUGUUAGCAAAUUCUGCUUCCUGUUUUCCCUUGCAUUCUGCGGCCUCCUGCUUCUGCUCAUCCCUGCCUUCCAGCCCCCGGCGCGGCAAGUGGACCUGCCUCAGCCCCGACCCCAAGUCAGACCUGCAAAGGCAGUCCCAUCACACCUGGUUGAGGUUCCCGGAGUGUCUGUCCAUGUCGGGGAAACUGACUCGGCCACAGAGUCUAACGUGAGCUCAGCAGAGCAGGGGAGAUCCGUUGACACUGAAGGUACCAGGAAUGAUAUCCAUAGUCCCAAGAGGGGGAUGGACUCCAAAACUGUACCUCUCCCUGGAGGAAAGGGUGGUCCAUUUUCAGGGUCUAAGUCCCGGGACCGGUUAGAGGUUAAGGACAUUUUUAUUGCAGUGAAGACAACCAGGAAGUACCACAAGUCAAGACUGGAGCUGCUGAUUCAGACCUGGGUUUCCCAAGCUAACGACCAGCUAUUAAAAGCAAUUAGUAAGUCCUGCUGCCGGACAAAGAGCUUCAGUGUGGAGAGAUGGAGGUUUAACUACAGAAACACUCUGCCCCCACUUCACCCACAAAUGCCACGGUCAGAGAGGAUGGAGAUGUUCCAGUUCAGUUUGUGCUCAACAGCUCUGCUCAUACCGGGCUCUGUGGCCAGGUGGUUCUGCCACGUGGAUGAUGAUAACUAUGUGAUCCUGCCCAGCCUGCUGCGGCUGCUCUCCUCCUACCACCACAGCCAGGAUGUCUACCUGGGCCGACCCAGCCUGGAUCAUCCUAUAGAGGCUGCCGAGAGGGUCAAGAGUGACGGCUCGGUGUCUGUCAAGUUCUGGUUUGCCACAGGUGGAGCAGGUUUCUGUAUCAGCAGAGGCCUGGCACUGAAAAUGAGCCCAUGGGCCAGUUUGGGAAAUUUCAUCAGCACGGCAGAGAAGAUCCGACUGCCAGACGACUGCACCAUCGGCUACAUCAUCGAAGCGCUGCUGGAGGUGACCCUCACACACACACACCUCUUCCACUCUCACCUGGAGAACCUACCGAAGCUGCCCACAGACACGGUGCUGGAUCAGGUGACUCUCAGCUUCGGAGGCUUUAAAAACAAAAGAAAUGUGGUCAGCAUUGUUGGAGGCUUUUCCCUGGCUGAGGACCCCACAAGGUUCAAGACGGUGCACUGCCUUCUGUAUCCAGAUACUAACUGGUGUCCAACGCUCGCACAUCGCCACAUAAACUGAACAACGCUGGGUUUUUAAACCUGUAGCACUCACACCUG